AUGACCCAAUUAAUUAAUUCCAGGCACUCUGCUCCUCUACCUGGAGCUGGUAGCCACGUUACCGAUAACGAAGCCCAGCACCUGCAGGCAUUAAAAAACGGGGGAAAAGAGCCCCCAAAAGGAGGGAAACCCUCCCAAAAAGGGGAAAAGAGCCCCAAAAAGGAGGGAAACCCUCCCAAAAAAGGGGAAAAGAGCCCCAAAAAGGAGGGAAACCCUCCCAAAAAGGGGAAAAGAGCCCCCAAAAAGGAGGGAAGAGCCUCAAAAAGGAGGGAAACCCUCCCAAAAAAGGGGAAAAGAGCCCCAAAAAGGAGGGAAACCCUCCCAAAAAGGGGAAAAGAGCCCCCAAAAGGAGGGAAACCCUCCCAAAAAGGGGAAAAGAGCCCCAAAAAGGAGGGAAACCCUCCCAAAAAAGGGGAAAAGAGCCCCAAAAAGGAGGGAAGAGCCCCAAAAAGGAGGGAAACCCUCCCAAAAAGGGGAAAAGAAAAAAGGGGGAAACCCUCCCAAAAAGGGGAAAAGAGCCCCAAAAAGGAGGGAAACCCUCCCAAAAAGGGGGAAAGAGCCCCAAAGAAGGGGGAAAAGAUCCCAAAAAAAGGGGUAAAGAGGCCCAAAAUGGGGGAAAGGACCCCCAAAAAGGGGGGAAACACUUCCAAAAAGGGGAAAGAGCCCCAAAAUGGGGAAAACCCUCCCAGAAAAGGGGGAAACCCUCCCAGAAAAGGGGGAAAGAGAUUACAGGCGCAGGAGCGGCACCCCAAAACCCACACGAGGUGGCGGCAGUACUAA